ACGCACUCAUUCGCGCGCCAACGCUCGCUACGCUAGCACGCGUUUCCUGUCCGAGCAUAUUAUCGUGUUUUUUAUAAGUUUUAUCUUUUUUGUGAUAAUGGCUCCAGUGUCAAACACAGUGGUGGGAAUCGACGAUGAUCAGCGCUUUGCGUUAAUGAAGUUUCGAAGGAACGUUAGAGACGUACUGAAACCAGAGCAUAACGACCAUUUUCUACUACGAUGGCUACGAGCCAGACAAUGGGACCCAGAAGCGGCGGAAAAAAUGUUGAGAGACUCGAUGGCGUGGCGUGAAAAGUGGGGCAUCGACACGACUCUACCGUCAUGGGUGGCGCCUGAGGUUUUAGAAAAACAUUUCCCUAGCGGCAGCCCCGGAUUCGACAAAGAAGGGUCGCCAGUAAUCAUCGUCCCGUUCGUGGGGCUGGACGCGUGGGGCUUGCUACACUCGAUCACCAAGAGUGACGUCAUCCGAAUGGUCAUCAGACACCUGGAGAACUACCUGGAAAUAGCUCGGAAACAGGCAGCGACGCAUGGUCCACAGGCUCUGAAGGUGACGGUAAUUUUCGACCUGGAGGGCUUCAUCAUGAGGCAGUAUGCGUGGAAACCAGCUGCUGAGAUGGUGUUCACGCUGCUUCAGAUCUAUGAAGCAAACUACCCAGAGAUACUCAAAACCUGCCUCAUUAUCAAUGCACCGAAAGUGUUCGCCCUCGCAUUCUCAGUGAUCAAGAAGUUUAUGCACGAGUAUACGAUAUCCAAGAUCAAGAUCUACGGCACGGACGCCAAGAAGUGGCAGGCGCAGGCGCUACAGCUAAUAGAUGCGGAUCAACUGCCCGUACACUAUGGCGGCACCAUGGUCGACGCCAACGGAGACCCGCGGUGCAGUCUUAUUGUGAAGCCAGGCGGCAAAGUCCCGAAACAUUACUACACGAAGAACUCAACAAAUGAAAACACGAAGGAGUACAAACGAGUCACCAUCAAGACUGGGGAACGACACAUCGUCGAUUUGCUAUGUGCAGACAACGAAAGCGUUUUAAAAUGGGAGUUAGGCGUGGAUAGUCAUGACAUAAAGUUCAAAAUCAAGCGACGAGAUGAGGAGGGGAACGAGACUGUGGUGCAUGGGCCCAGGAAGGUCACCGAAGGACCUGUCGACGUCGGGGUCUUACCUGUCUCCGGGCCUGCUACGUAUUCAGUUAUAUUCGACAAUAAGAACGCAUUUUUGCGCAACAAGAAAGUGUUCUACGACGUUCUUAUCACUGUGCCAACAAGAGAUCUCGACAUCAGCGCCGAGCCUGAAGAAGAAAAGAAAUGCGAAGCCACCGGUUCCGCUGCUCUCUAGGCAUCAAAGUUUUAGUCUGGCCAGUGUAAGGAAGCAAUCAAAUGUUGGAACGAAACGAUAAAUUCUUAUUGGUUUUAUCGAUUCUUUUUGUGUUGGCAACAGUGGGAUCUUAUACCUAAACUAAAUUAUAACAACAUAGCAUCACGCCUGUAUCCCCGAAAGGGUAGGCAGAGGUGUAUUAGUAUACACACUCACUCUUCGCCAAAUGUGUUUUAAGACCCAUGUAAAAGAGAGCGAGCAUAACCAUUAACCGGGCAAAUAUUCUGGAAACCACGUGAUAACAAAUAUCUAUGAUACAAUCAUGAAUUCAAUCUCAUAAAGUUGAAUUCGGUGGUUUAGAGCCCAAACCGGGAUUCGUACCCUUGACACUUUGAUAUAAGUCAUGCGUAAUCCAAAUACAAUAUCACGGAUUCACGGAUUAUAUUACUAUUACUUUGUUAUCUUCAGAAUGUUUCAUUGGCCAGUCUAUUUUGAUUGCUCGUAUAGUCAAAAAGUUGAGUGCCUUACCCAGCAUUAAUAGCAGUGAUCGGAUAUUCGGGUGCUCAUUUAUUUACCUAAAAGACGCUGGUUGACUAAAAUAAUAGCAUUUUUGUAUUUAAAAAAAUCCGCAAUACCUUUCUUUUGUUUUCAUUCUUCACGGAAACCUAUAAAAUUCUUUACUUUCACUGUCGUGAAAUUUUAUGUAAUAGGUAAAUAUCAGAUAAGUUUUGUAGUUUUUUUAUAUAAGGGAAAACAAAACAACAGCAUUUACUGUGAUAUUUCAAAGAUAAACGAGAUAUUUUGAAUAGUUUUUGGAGCAUUACAAACUUCAGGCUGUGAAGUUUAUGGGUAAACCUGUUUACUGCAGAUUAUCUUACAUUGUGUUAAUAUGUAUAGCUCUAAAUAUCCUCAAAAAUUCAGCCUCAUUUCGUAAAUUGCACCAUAUACUUCUAGAACAAUCACAUAUUUUUGUUCUAAAUUCGACCCUAUCUACCAUAGACCACCACUUUUGUGGAGAACAAAGGCGGAACAAAAAACUAAGAAAUAAGACUGAAUUUUGAAGAAAUCAGUGUAUUAUGAAAUUAUUAUCGUAUAUAAGUAGUAAAUUAAUUAUACACCUAAUAAUGGUAACUGAGAAUGGGAAUUGUAAAUAAAGAUUAGUUAUACAUACAUCAUUAUAAAAAAAAUAGGCAUUAAGUAACUAGGUACUGUAAAUAGAGUAUUCAGAAGGGCAGGGAUAAACAAAUUAUGUACGUAUUACAAACACAAUUUUGUCUCUCUAUAUAAAUAGUUAAUUUAAAAAAACUAGGAGUUCUUUUAAAGUUAUUCAAGAGUGGAAAAUUAUUCAUUUGUGAAUUCAAAUCAUUCAUUAUUGAAAAAUUCUUUACUCACUAAUUUAUUAUUCAAUGAUUCAGUAAUUUUCUUUUAAUACAGUGCCACACAAUAACACUUUCCUACUUAAGUGUUCUAUUCAUUGCUGAAGAAUUAUUGCCUAUUCAUGAAUAAUAUGAAUAAUUAUACUUUAUGACAAUAAUGAAUUAUUAUAAGUGUUAAAACAUUUUAGCAUAAUUUUUAUAUUCCAUUUUUAAUAAAAAAAAAAUGUGUGUUCAUGAA